UUGCAAGGUUCUUUAUUGUGGUGGGAGGUUGGCGAGGAGGGGAGGCCUGUCUUCAAAAGUAAGAGUGUAGGGAAGCACACACAGUCCACGAGGGCGAAGAAGGAGGCAUGAGAACUGCUCUCCAGCACAGGAGAAGAGAAGUGUGGUGUCUGUGCUUUUCUCCAUAGUGUAGAAAUGAGGGCUUGAUAAAAAGAGGGAAUCGCCUGAUUCUGGGUGGGCUAGUCAGUCCAUAAGGAGAACCCUCAGAUGUAUAAUGGGGAAACAAGCGUGGGGUAUACGUUUUGAAGAGAGAUGAAUGAAUGAUCUGCAACCUUGCCUGCUCUCUGUUUGUUUAUAGUACUUUAAACUCAAGUUUCAGGGAUUUGAAAGGACAUUCUUCUACAAGACUUGGUGCAUGUUGAAGCAAGCCAGAUUGGAUGUGUUUCUAGGGCUGCAAGCCCUUCCGGGGCUGCUCGCUGGCCUUAAGUCUGGAAGACUGAGGGCCUUCUUUCAUGAUGGCCGAAUCAGCUGAAGAAACACUGUUAUAUGUGGAGCAUCGCUAUGUCUGCUCAGAGUGUAGCCAGCAGUUCAGCACCUUGGAGGAAGCGCUGGUGCAUCAGCAAAGCCACAUGUGCUCGCAAGAGCAGCAGUAUGAAGUGGUUGGGCUGGCGGAAGCUGGGCUGGUGACAGGUGGGGAGGCUGGUCUCUAUCAGACCGUGACUGUGCAGGAAAGCCAGUACCAGUGUUUGGAGUGUGGGCAGAUCCUCAUGUCUCCGAGUCAGUUGCUGGAACACCAGGAGAUGCACCUCAAGAUGGUGACCCAGGAGCCAGAACCCUUGCUGAAACCUCUGAGCUCCAGUCAGAUCCACUAUGAGUGCAUAGAGUGUAAGGCCCUGUUCACCAGUCAGGAUGUGUGGCUUGCCCAUCGUCAGACCCACCGCAAGCCACCGGAGCCACCAGCGCCGCCUCCGCAGAGCCGGGCGCUCGUAAACCUGGAGCAUUCGUAUCGUAAGCCAGUGGAGGGGGCGGAUUCUGGCGGAACUGUGCAACUGCUGCUCUAUGAGUGUGGCGAGUGUCUCCAGCUGUUUCAGUCAACAGCAGAUUUCUUGGAGCAUCAGGCCACGCACCAGGUAAUACAACCACCCCCAGGGACGCGAACCAGGGAGCUGCCUGCGCCUUGCCCUGCAGAGCCAAAGGAAUUGACGCCGCCAAGCUUGGUGGGUGUGCAUAAUGGGGCCAUUCCCCCUCCAGCCCCAACCAGUGUUACAGCCACUGAUCACAGCUACGAGCUGAAGAACAACCCUGGGGAGCAGCCGUCCCGCAAAGCGAAGCAGGCUGCCAAGGAGCACUUGUGCACUGAGUGUGACCAGCCGUUCCCUUCAGCUCACAAGCUCCAGCUGCACAUGCGGAGCCACCGGCAGGGUGCCUUCAAAUGCCCGCUCUGCAGCAAGGUGCUGCCAUCUCCAGCCGCACUCGAAAAACAUCGGGAAGAGCACAGCGGGGAGUCGCGCUUUCUGUGUGUGGACUGCGGCUUGGGCUUUGGUACCGAGGCCGUGCUGUUGUCCCACCGGCGUACUCACUCCUCAAACCCCUUGUACCGCUGCACUUGUGGGAAGACCUUCAUCAACAUGACCAAGUUCCUCUACCACCGGCGCUCCCACAGUGCCAAUUCAACACAGACCGAUGAAUUGCCUGCCUCUCCUCCUGAGGACCAGCCUCUUGAGGAAGAGCCCCCUGACGCCCCGGAGCAACCAGAAGAGCAGCAGGAAGUGGUCCCAUUGGCCAUCAUCUGCGCCGUGGACAACACGGCCAUCUCGGCCGACGGCGGCGCUCUUGAACAAAACCCCAGUGUGUUCCAGUGCCCGAUGUGUAACAAGACCUUUACCAAGCAGACGCAGCUGUCACGCCAUCAGCGCUUUGCCCACAAGAUGGAGCGCCGCCACAAAUGCCUGACUUGCGGCAAGAUGUUCAAGAAGAAGUCCCACAUGCGCAACCACCUCUUGACCCACACCGGGGAAAGGCCGUACCACUGCAAGGAAUGCGGCAAGAGUUUCAACUCGCCGGCCAACUUGCAGCGCCACCGCUUGACGCACACGGGUGAGCGGCCCUACCGCUGCGACAUCUGCCAGAAGUGUUUCACGCAGUCGUCCACCCUACAGCAGCACCUCCUGGUGCACAGCCGCCACUACCCGUACAAAUGUCAGGAGUGUGGCAGUGUCUUCCACCGGCCCUACCGCCUGCUCAUGCACCGCUACCACCACACGGGGGAAUAUCCCUACAAGUGCCAGACCUGCGGCCGUUCCUUCUUGCUUCGCCGCCUGCUAGAGGUCCACCAGCUAAGCCACACUGGUCAGCAGCCCCAUCGCUGCACAUCUGGAUGUGGGGCGGCCUUUGUUACCGCUGAGCAGCUGAAGGAGCACAAGUGUGGGAAAAUGAGCCGCCACUUCGAGUGUUCCGUCUGCGGCAAGAAGGUUGGCUCGACUGCGCAGCUUAGAGCCCACGAACGGCUGCACGGGGACAUCCAAGUCCCUGAAGGCGUGGAAGAAGAGCCUCCGGUCCUCGAACCACCCCCACCUCGGCCACGCCGCCCCACCUGCCCCAAGGCCUUUGAAUGCAGCGAUUGCAAGAAACUGUUCAGCACAGACACGUCGCUGCAGGUUCACCGCCGCAUCCACACCGGCGAGCGUCCCUAUCCUUGCCCGGAUUGUGGGAAGGCCUUCCGGCAAUCCACCCACCUCAAGGAUCACCGGCGCCUGCACACCGGGGAGAAACCCUUUAAAUGUGACGAGUGUGGGAAAGCGUUUACGAUCGCGGUGCGGCUGGCUGAGCACAAGCGGAUCCACACAGGGGAACGCCCGUACCAUUGCGAUGCCUGCGGCAAGGCUUACCGCUCUUUUUCCAACCUCUGGAAACACCGCAAAAUGCACCAGCAGCAGCGUCUGCAGCAUGAGCAAGAGGUCAUGGCAGAGGCUGUCGCUGCGGCUGCUGCGGCCGCUGCAGCCGCCGCCGCAGCGGCGACAGCGACGUCGUCGGCUUCCUCGGUGCCUAGUGAGCAGGUCUAUGGCAAUACUGUUACCAUUAUGGAGACCAUCCCUGUGGUGGAGACCAUUGAAAUCUAUCCGACCGAUGGGGGUGUUCACUUUGAGAACAUCCAGGUGGAGAAUGUCCAGAUUGGGGGAGUUUGAGUUGGGCUGGGGGGAGUAAGGAGCAGCAGCUGGUCAGCCUGUGUGGACUGAGAGCUGCUGCUCUCUGGCUCCCCCUUAUGAGGCUCUGGUGUAGCUGCAACAACUCCUGCUCCCCGGCUUUUAUCCAUGUGCUCUGGUGUCCACAACUUGGCCAAUUCUGGAAUGUGGUUGCAUCAUCAUUUUUCUUCUUGCCUGAUUCUGUGACGAACUGGGUGCCAUGUCCUACGCGCGCACACGCACACACUUCACCAGAGCAGUAGUGCUACCUGCUUGGGCACUCCGCAACGUUGUGGGCUCUGAUCCCCCAUCUCCCCUGGGGUUGCCUUUUCUUUCCAACUCAGCUGUAUGAAACUUGGCUUUUCUUUUAUGACUUGGGCAGCCCCCAAUCCCAGGAAUGCCCAACAGCAGCUGUCUCUACAGCUGAGCCCCUCUCCCCUCUAAUGCUAAAUGGUUUUUUGUUUCUCUUCCUGUCUAGGGUUCAGUCUGGAUUGUAAAUACCUCUUGACUGGGUUUCCUCUCUUCACUGUGGGAUUCUCUUCAUGUUUGCUGUUGGUCCUCACCUCCCAGAU